AUGAGCAAACCAGAUGUCUCAGCUAACAGCUGGCUCACUCAUUUCCAAUCCUUGCAUGCUAAACAUACAUUAGAAACAGAACAGAAUAACAUUUUACAAAAAUUAACAAAACUUGAAGAAAAAACACCAAAUAAUUUUCUUGAUGAACCUAUUUCUGAAGCAGAAGUUUUGAGUGCUGCAAAGACAUUAAAAAACAACAAAUCUGUUUAUUCCGACAAGAUAAAAAACGAAAUGCUGAAGCAUAGCGUCAAAAUAUUACUUAAAUUAUACCAUAAACUUUUUAACCUCGUUUUAAAAACAGGGCAUUUCCCAGAUCAAUGGUGUGAAGGUCUCAUUACGCCAAUUUUUAAGUCCAGAGUUAGUCAGGAGAUAAAACUGACCCCAAUAACGACAGAGGAAUUUGUGUGA